AUGGCGGGAGGAAAAUACACGCGCUUCGCAGACUGGCGCUUUAUCCAUCGCGCCAGGCUCGGAGUCGUGCCUCUGAACGGUUGUCGCCGCUUUGAUGGGCGGGCAAACAACAACAAAGCCUGCCGACGCUGUGGCCACAACAACGAGACGCUCCCACACGUGAUCAACGCGUGUAUGGUGCACUCACCAGCCCUGCAGUAUCGCCACAACGCGGUCCUCAACCGCCUCGCAACAGCAGUCGCAGGGCGGCCAAGAAGAGGAAACACUGCUGUUCCUGACAUCAGGAUCAACCAAGCCGUCAUAGGGGACAGCAGUGGGCUGCGUCCGGACCUCGUAAUAACUGACGAGGCCGCGAAGACUGUAACCAUCGUCGAUGUGACAAUCCCCUUCGAGAACAGGCGGAUUGCGCUCGACAACGCUCGGCAACUGAAGAGGAUAAAGUACGCCGACGUUGCGCGCGGAUUAGCCGCUCGCGGCUAUUCCGUCACUGUCGAUGCCCUGGUUGUCGGCAGUCUGGGGGCGUGGGACCGCCAGAACGAUGCAGUGCUUCGGCACCUAGGCAUCGCUAGCCGCUACUGCCAACUGAUGCGGCGGCUGAUGGUGUCUGACACCAUCAAGUGGUCCCAAGACAUUUACGUGGAACACAUUACUGGCCACCGCCAGUAUGUGUCCCCCUAG